AUGGAGACCCCACCGCAGCAAGCGCAAGCCGGUGCUGGAGGAGGCUGGGGUGCUUUCCUCAAGUCUAUCGCGUCCUUCAACGGAGACCUCUCCAGCCUUACCGCACCUCCCUUCAUCCUCUCGUCUACCAGCCUUACCGAGUUCAGCUCGUACUGGUGCGAACAUCCAUCCGUUUUCGCCGCACCUGCCAAAGAAUCCGACCCCGCGAAACGUGCGCUUCUGGUCUUGAAGUGGUUCUUGACAACAUUAAAACAGCAGUACGCCAGUCGGAGUGAACAAUACGGGAAUGAAAAGAAGCCACUGAACCCGUUCCUGGGCGAGCUGUUCCUCGGGAAAUGGGAGGACGGUGCUGGGACAACUGAGCUCAUCAGCGAGCAGGUUAGCCAUCACCCACCAGCAACUGCCUACAACAUCACUAAUGCUACAACCGGUGUUCGGCUCGAGGGCUACAAUGCCCAGAAGGCGUCCUUUUCCAAGACAAUCAACGUCAAGCAAAUAGGCCACGCCGUUCUCACUGUUCCCUCGUCUUCGGGAGAACCUGACACCUACUUGAUCACUCUUCCGUCGCUGCACAUCGAGGGUCUCGUCUUUGGUUCCCCUUUCAUCGAACUUGACGGUAGCUCCUACAUUACAUCCUCGACUGGCUUCACGGCAAAGAUCGACUACAGUGGAAAGGGCUGGUUAUCUGGCAAGAAAAAUUCCCUCACUGCGGUGUUGUACCCGACUGGAAAGGAGAAGGAUGUCCUCUUCAACGUCUCGGGACAGUGGACCAAAACCUUCGAGAUACACUCCGGCCCGGCCAAGCACAACAGCGCCGGCAACUUGGUGGAACUUUGGGACCCGGCCCAAAACCCAACAAGUAACCUCAUCGUCGCUCCCAUCGAUGAGCAACAUCCCCUUGAGUCAAGAAGGGCAUGGAACAAGGUUGCAGUGGCGAUUGCGAAGGGUGAAUUUGACGUUGUCCACGUUGAGAAGAGCAAGAUCGAGAGUGCUCAGCGAGAAAUGCGUAUUAAAGAGAAGGCCGAGGGGCGCACAUGGGAACGGCGCUAUUUUACUGCCUCCGCGGAUUCCCCCGAUCUGGUCUUGACCCGGUUGGGUCCAAUCGUCAACCUGGCAGAGCAUGGCGACGCUGACAAGACUGGCGGAUUGUGGCGUUUCGACUCGCAAAAGUCGGCCCAAGCCCACAGUACACCUGUGCCAACCGGCGAUGAAGCUGCCAAGUUAGCUAAAGAGUUGCUUGGCCAGUGA